CGUCGACACUCGCGCCCGCGCCUGCAAGCCCGCCCUCUCCCUCAACAAUACCUCAAAAUGGCCGCGGUUCAAACCCUCCCCAAGGACGUCUCCAAGCUUGGACAGGAAGUUAAGCUUUUCGGAAAGUGGGAGACUCAGGAUGUUGAGGUCAAGGAUAUCUCAUUGACUGAUUACAUCCAAAUCCGUCACGCCGUCUACCUUCCCCACACCGCUGGCCGUUAUGCCAAGAAGCAAUUCAAGAAGGCCCAGAUGCCUAUUGUCGAGCGCUUGGUCGAUAGCUUGAUGAUGAAGGGCCGCAACAACGGAAAGAAGCUCUUGGCCGUCCGGAUUGUCGCACACGCGUUCGAGAUCAUCCACCUCCUCACCGACCAGAACCCCAUCCAGGUUCUUGUUGAUGCUAUUGUCAACACUGGUCCUCGUGAGGACUCCACCCGUAUUGGUUCGCAGGGUACCGUCCGUCGUCAGGCCGUCGAUGUUUCGCCACUCCGACGAGUCAACCAGGCCAUCUCUCUCCUUACCGUUGGCACACGCGAGUCUGCCUUCCGUAACGUGAAGUCGGUGGCUGAGUGCUUGGCUGACGAGCUGAUCAACGCGGCGAAGGGUUCCUCGAACUCGUACGCCAUCAAGAAAAAGGACGAGCUCGAGCGUGUGGCCAAGUCCAAUCGGUGAAAACCUCUUGUUGCGUUGCUCUUCCAUCGAGGGAAAGGGGCUUUGCGUGUCCUGUGUCAUGGUGCAGCUCGGGUCUUUCCUGUCUUUAUUUCUUCGCCUCUCCAUGCAUGACAAUCCAUGUUCUCCAUGUACUUCUCGCUAUGACACCGUCCACCCGCAAAUCUGCUUAUGCAUCAUCCGGUCGGUGGGUAUGGAAACUCAACGAGAAUGGCCAGCUACUAU